CGGCUCCCCUCUGCCGCCUCACCGGCCGGGGGUUGGCGGGGAGGGAGCAGCCAGGCAGCCCCCCGGAGCCCCGCGGAGGACAAUGCACGCGGCGCUCGGCAACCCCCGCGCGGUCUCGUCCUCGGCUGGCUCCUUCCCGCCGCCCGCAGCCGCCGCCCGGCUGCAGCCGCUCUUCCUCCGGGGGGGUUCCUCCCGCGGCCGGAGAGGCUCGGGCGACAGCAGCACCAGCACCAGCACCAGCCGGGGGGGAGGCGGCGGCAGACGCGGCGGGGGCGGCGGCGGCUCCCCCAGCAGCAGCACCGGCGCCGAGCGAGAGGACGACGACGAGAGCAUCAGUAUCAGCCAGCCGCUGGUGCCAGCCACCGCCGCCGGACACCCAGGGCCCCCGGCCCAGGGGGGCGUCCCAGCCACUGAGCCCACGCCGGCGGCCUUCUCCUCCUCCGCGGCCACCUCCUCCGCCACCUCCACGCCCACCUCCUGCAGCAUGACAGCGGCCUUCGCCUACCUGGCCUGGCUCAUCUACGCCAUCGCCUUCACCCCCAAGGUGGUGCUCAUCCUGGGCACGUCCAUCCUGGACCUCAUCGAGCUGCGCGCGCCCUUCGGCACCAUGGGCUUCCGUCUCACCAUGGCGCUGUCGGUGCCCCUGCUUUACAGCCUGGUGCGAGCCAUCAGCGAGGCGGGCGCCCCCCCUGGCUCGGGGGGACCCCUGCUGCUGCAGCCGCAGCAGCACCGUGCCGCGGGCUGCUUCCUGGGCACGUGUCUGGACCUGCUGGACAGCUUCACCCUGGUGGAGCUGAUGCUGGAGGGCCGCGUGCCUCUGCCGGCACACCUGCGCUACCUGCUCAUCACCGUCUACUUCCUCACCCUCGCCUCGCCGGUGCUCUGGCUCUACGAGCUCAACGUGGCGGCCGUUACUUCGUCCUGGGGCCAGGCUUCCGGGCCUGGCAGCUGCAGCCGCCUCCUGCGCUUGCUGGGCGGCUGCUUGGUGGACGUGCCCUUGCUGGCGCUGCGCUGCCUCCUGGUGGUGAGCUAUCAGCAGCCGCUCUCCAUCUUCAUGCUCAAGAACCUCUUCUUCCUGGGCUGCCGGGGCCUGGAAGCCCUGGAGGGCUGUUGGGACCAGGGGAGUCGGGCCUCCCCCAGUCGGGUCAGAGGCGGCUAUGGGGUCCCACCCUCUGCACCACCGCCACCACCACCUCAGGGAGGCUCCCAGCUGGGCCACUGCAUCUCGGAGAACGAGGGGGGUGCCCACGGCUAUGUGAACACUCUGGCGGUGGCCUCCCAGAAUUGAGAGGAACAGGGAGGGGCCUUCAUGUAGAGUGGGGAGGCCCUGGCUCUCUUUCCUCUGACCCCUCGCCCAGAUUUGACCUGGCUGUCUAGGAGAGGCAAAGAGGCAAUUGUCCACAGGGCUGCGGGCCAGUGUGCCCUCCUGCGUUUCUUGGAUCAAGACUGCGCGGAGGGAGACCAGCAGUGCAGGUGGGGGAGGAAGGCCCGCUUCCUCUAGUUUUUCUUCCCCUUGCUCUCACCUAAACUUAGCCUUCCGGGGGAGUGGUACCUCUGCUUUGGAAUUUUUCCACCUCCACCCGGAAUCCAGCCCACUGCAGGAAGAAAGGGGUGCGCGGGCAGGAGGUACCGGGCCUCGGGCCAUUCCCUUUGCUUGGAAGUGCCAGCUUCUUUUAGGCCUUGAAACUGACCCAGAAUCCACUGUUUCCCUCAUGUGUCUGUUGGAUUUCUUCCAGAUGGUAGAUGCAAAGUCUGUGUCUGUGCGUGUCUCUGUGUGUGUGUAGUGUGUGUGUGCGUAGUGCUGUUUUCUUGUGUCCACCAGAUCUAGGGAGGCCCUGCCCUUCCCACCACACACACCACUACUUUCCUUGUGAAUUUGUGGCCAUGAAUUCCCAGAGGAGCGAGGCUCCUGGGUGCUGCCCACUCCGUCUCCUCCAGGGGAGAAGCUCACCCAGGAUCUUUCUCCUUCCUGCUCCUCUCUUCUCAGCUUGGGGGAGGAGAGGGUCCAGAUUCUAAGGACCAAACUACACCCUUUCUCGGGUGAGUGAGCCUUUCUACCUCCGUGCAUUCAGCUUUUGUUGCAUCGUGCACAGAUGCUGCUUGCAAAAAAUAAAGACAAAAUACUCAGAAGUUGACUCAGAGUGGCCACAAUCCAGC